UGAGUUUGAUUCUCUCGUACUGAUUGAUUUAUCCAAAAUUUCGCGGCAUUCCUUCAGGCGACGCGCCGGUCUCCGGCGAGAAGAACAGAGAAUGGAAGCGAGGGUGGACGGCGUUGCAGAAGAGGGAGAAACGAGGAAAGUUGAAUUUGAAGCAUCGGAGAUAGAGUACGUAAGCUAUGGCGGUGAGCAUCACUUGCCUCUUAUCAUGAAUCUCGUCGAUCAAGAACUCAGCGAACCCUACUCCAUAUUCACCUAUCGUUACUUCGUAUAUCUCUGGCCUCAACUAUCAUUCCUGGCCUUCCAUCGAGGAAAAUGUGUCGGGACGGUGGUUUGUAAGAUGGGAGAGCAUCGGGGCACUUUCAGAGGGUACAUUGCCAUGUUGGUGGUUAUCAAGCCUUAUAGAGGCAAAGGCAUUGCUUCCGAGCUUGUCACGAGAUCAAUAAGAGUCAUGAUGGAAUCAGGUUGUGAUGAGGUCACACUAGAAGCUGAAGUUACAAACAAAGGAGCACUUGCACUAUAUGGUCGUCUCGGGUUUAUAAGGGCAAAACGACUCUUUCGUUAUUACUUGAAUGGAGUUGAUGCAUUUCGUCUAAAGUUAUUAUUUCCACACAUGGAAUCACACCCAUCCUCGAGUUUGAUGGCUAACAGAGAUGAAAAUCGACAGGAAGGCGACAGUUUAUAGCACGAAUGGUACGAUAUCCAUCUAUUUUUGAAGCUAAGCAAUUUAUGUGAACACUAUUCACCCUUUUUUUCUUCAAUAGUUACUUUGUCCGCCAGCCAUGUGAUGUUGUGCAUUAAACCCGACCCGAAUGGUUCGUCUGAUAUCUCUUUGAUGUUGUCCUUAGUAGUUAGAAGUGGACAGAGCUUUAUAAAGUUGUUUAUUCUGUAAACUUAGCCAUCUGAGUUCUCCCUUUAUGGUGUUGUAAACUUGUAAUGGAAUGAGAAACAGUUUUGAUUAUUUUGUCUAUUUGAGAAUGGGGAUGAGAGAUGGAUGAGUUUAUUGGAAUAAAGGAUUUUGAUUUCCAGUUGAAACU